UUUGACUAAAAGCUUGUUUAUACUUUACAGAAAAAGCAGAAAAAAGACAAAAGAAAGCCCGGGCCCCGUUGUACAGGAGCAAAAAAGCUCCGUUGCUUUUUGUUCCUCCCUGUUCUUCUCCUGAUCGCAGCACAUGCCCCAGCCCCCAUCCACGAAAAUCACAAACCCUCAACCCCAACCCACCCACUCCUCCUUCCUCCUCCAGCCCUAGCCGCCAGGGGACACACCUUUCCCCUCCAAAAUGGCAAUGUGAGCAGAGGAAGCCGCCAGGGCACACACCCACCCACUUCUCCUCCUUCCUCCUCCAGCCCCAGCCGCCAGCCCCCAUCCACGAAAAUCACAAACCCUCAUCGCAGCACGCAAAAACAUGGAUGCAGGAAGAGAUCAGAGGGCACAAAGCACUCACCAGGCUGUUCUUGAUGCUUAUGGAGCUUCUCUGUUUGGUUCUCAGAAACACAGGGGGGGGGGGCAAGAUACCCAGCAGCAACAGUGGCUGACUUCUGGUGCUUGGAACCAAGGGCUGCAUCAUACACACCCCUGGAUGCAAAAUCAGAUGCUUCCUCAUGCUUCUAUGAACAGAACACAAGGGAAUGCCCUGAACAUUCCAGUGAGUGCAGCUAUGUAUGGUAUCUUCAAUAGUCAAUGCAAUACACAGGUAAACUUGCCUGUGAACCUGGGUCCACAUACUUCAGUGGGUGACUCCAACCUAGUGUGUACUGCGCUCCAACCCCCUGCAAACAAAGUCGCUUAUGAAGCCCCCAUGUCAUACACGCAACUCCUACUUGCUGCUGAAGAAGAGGGUGCUAGAUAUGCAUCCUCACAAUCGCAAGAAGAUUGCCUUGUUCGUACUGAGAAUGAUAUGUACAUGAUAACUGGGCGAUACAGUAGAUCUUCAGAAGAUCCAUUACAAGCACACACUGGGGGUGGAGCUCAGCAUAUAUCUGGAGUCGAUGACCAGCAUGAUAUAGAUCUUGAACCUUUUGUUGACAACCGAUUUUCAGAAAGCUUGAAUGAUUUGAACUGGGACAAUGAAAUGCAGACAGAAGCAGGAGGAAACAAAAACGGCUCUAUGGUGUCAAAUGAGAUUGCUUCUGACAAUGAUUCUGAUUCCGAGGAUGAUCUUUCUCCAGUCGUUGUUGCAAAAAGCCUCUGA